UCAGUGGGUAGAUGCCGCUGCCAGUAAGGGUCCCCCGGGUACACAGCGGAUCAGGGCCUGGUCUCCAUGGCAACCCUCAGGCAGGAGGACAUGGAGCGGCCGAUCGCAUAGAGGGGUAUAUUUGCAACACAUCGCGGCCAAUCAGGUUCCGUCUCUCCAGAGCAGCCUAACCUGCUAGUCAGUGUCCUGCUUCCCUACUGGUGUCCUUACCUGUCUGUCAGCGGCGAGCCCCUCCCUCCUGUGUCUCCUGUCUGCCAGGCUGCUGUGAGAGGCGCUCGGGGAGCAGCAGAGCCCAACCCAGCACAGCAUCCUCUGCCAGCAGCGCUGCACCCGGAGCAGAGCCAUGCAUGCCAACUCUGCCAUCGUUCGGAUCCUCAUCAAAGGGGGCAAGGUGGUAAACGAUGACUGCACCCAGGAAGCAGAUGUGUACAUUGAAAAUGGGAUCAUCCAGCAGGUGGGAAGAGAGCUGAUGAUCCCUGGAGGGGCAAAGGUCAUCGAUGCCACGGGAAAGCUGGUCAUCCCUGGUGGCAUAGACACCAGCACCCAUUUCCAUCAGACCUUCAUGAAUGCCACUUGCAUGGACGACUUCUACAAUGGCACCAAGGCGGCUCUCAUGGGUGGCACCACCAUGGUCAUAGGUCAGGUCCUUCCAGACAAAGAGAUCUCGCUGCUGGACGCCUAUGAGAAGUGCAGGAGCCUGGCGGACCCCAAGGUUUGCUGUGACUACGCUCUCCACAUGGGUGUCACCUGGUGGGGUCCAAAGGUGAAGGCUGAGAUGGAGACCUUGGUGCGGGAGAAGGGGGUGAACUCCUUCCAGAUGUUCAUGACGUAUAAGGACCUGUACAUGCUGCGGGACAGUGAGCUCUACCAGGUCUUCCGGCACUGUAAGGACCUGGGGGCUGUGACACGAGUCCAUGCCGAGAACGGGGACCUGGUGGCUGAGGGAGCCAGGGAGACGCUGGAUCUGGGGAUCACCGGACCCGAAGGGAUUGAGAUCAGUCGGCCUGAAGAGCUGGAAGCUGAGGCCGUGCACAGAGCCAUAACCAUUGCUAACCGGACCUUUUGCCCUGUGUACUUGGUGAACGUCUCCAGUAUGUCAGCAGGUGAUGUCAUUGCCUCUGCCAAAAUGCAAGGGAAAAUCGUCUAUGCAGAAACUACCACAGCCCACGCCACCCUGAACGGCCUCUACUACUACCAGCAGGAGUGGUCACAUGCUGCAGCCUAUGUCACCGUACCCCCACUCCGACUAGACGCCAACACCCCCAAUUACCUCAUGAGUCUCCUGGCCAAUGACACUCUGAACGUGGUGUCCUCAGACCACAGAACAUUCACCUCUAAGCAGAAGGCCAUGGGCAAAGAGGACUUCACCAAGAUCCCACAUGGAGUAGGCGGAGUGCAGGACCGCAUGAGCGUCAUCUGGGAGAGAGGAGUGGUGGGAGGGAAGAUGGAUGAGAACCGUUUCGUGGCUGUGACCAGUUCCAACGCAGCCAAGAUCCACAACAUGUACCCUUGUAAAGGUCGCGUUAUCCCGGGGGCGGAUGCGGAUGUGGUGGUUUGGGACCCAGAAGCCACAAGGACAAUCUCUGCCAGCACCCAGGUCCAGGGCGGUGAUGUCAACAUCUAUGAGAACAUGCGAUGCCACGGCGUGCCCCUGGUCACCAUCAGUCGUGGCCGAGUGGUCUAUGAGAAUGGGGUCUUUAUGUGCGCUGAGGGGUCGGGCGCGUUCUUCCCCAUGAGGACUUAUCCAGACUUUUUAUACAAGAAGAUGAUACAGAAAGAAAAGACGUUAAGCCUAAAAUCUGUAGACCGUACUCCAUACCAAGGGGAUGUGGCAGUUGUGGUGCAUUCUGGGAAGAAGGAAACAGGAAGCCCAUCAGCAGACACUCCAACUCGACCAUCAACUCGUCACGGUGGCAUGCGAGACCUCCACGAGUCCGGCUUCAGCUUAUCUGGUGCACAGAUUGAUGACCAUGUCCCAAAACGAGCCUCGGCCAGAAUCCUUGCCCCUCCCGGGGGAAGAUCCAGUGGGAUCUGGUAAUCGGUACUGAUUUACAACCACCCGUUCCCGGGCCGUUACACCCCACUCCUGCAGGAGAUCAGCACUACUGCCCACCGUCACACCCGUCAUGUAAACUCACCUGUAAUAUGUCAAGAGAGAGGGGAUCCACUAUGACUCCACUUCCGUCCUCCCAGUGACCAACAUGGGACUUCAGCGCCUGCGGCCGGGAGAACAAAUGUGUCAUCGCCUCCACCCAAAAAACUGAAACAGACCUGCCCAAAACCGUUGCCGCUGACGUCUUCUUCCCUUAGUUACCGUAGUGAUAUGUGUUAUGUGCUGUGUAUGUGCGCAAGACCGUUCGAGUGUGCGUGUGGAUGUAGCCGCGAUCUGACUGGCCGACAGUUGUAUCCUGUGCCAUGGACAUACUGGUGUCGCUGGUAGUAUUGUGCCCCUUAUGCUUAACAGGUUCAUAGGUAUCGUAAUAUGAGUCUUCAACAGUCCGACCUGUAAUCCUGCUCCUCACAGCUUCCUAGGCAGCAUCUCCAUGAUAUGACUUUAGUGCUUUCAGAUCAUGUGUAGCAAUGUCUACAUCUUAUAAUGUUCUACUGCAUGCCUGGUGAUAGAACACGCGGCGAUCCCCGGGACCAGGGACAGCCAGAAGACGGCUGUCUCAUAACAGAGAGAAGUAGCUCCUGAGCACACUACAUUUCCCAUUGUCUGCAGUCACAGAAUCAGGAGAACUUUCCCGGACCUGCUCAUAAUCUUUGCCUUCAUAGCUGAUGUCAGUAUAUUGCAUGAGCUACAGGGAGGGACCCUUUUGCUGGACCUCUGUGUCCAUCCCCCACUACCCCAUACCUAACCUGCUUCCGCACUGCUCCUUGUCAUAAGGUGACCACUAGUUGCCGUACUGACCUGCCUUCCCUGGGUAAGUGGGCAUCACAGACCCCCACAUCAUAUCGCCCCCAUAUGUCCUGCUAUGCGGAUAAGAUCCAGCUCUAGAAAGGCAAAUCAAAGCCUAGGAGAUACAUCCAGACUUUCUCUAGCUGCUGUUUUGGAAUUAAAGAUCCCAAAAGGCAAGCUGGGACUUAUAGUUCCUGAACUGCACAAGGGCAGAGGGUUCCAUCAUCAUAUAUAAAGCAUGGUCCAGUAUAACCAUGGCACCUCACAAGUUAAUGGUGAUAAUUAUGACUUGUUUCUUAUGAUGGGGAGAAGGCUUCCAGGUUGUUGGAACAGGUGACUGAAUGAGGACAGACAGGUUGGACAGACAAAUGUGGGCGGCCAGAUAAAUGUAACAAGGCCUGCGCCUCCGUAGCCUAGUCCUGGUUUUCCACUGGAAACAUUUAAUUGGGAAACAUAUUGUCUGUCCCAGUUCUACCUCUCCUAGAAGUCCCAGUCACCCCAGUACGACACUGUCAGAGUAACCCUGGCGUCAGCACUUGGCCAUUGCCUCAGUCUAGCAGAGGUUGCACCUUAGGCCGGUGAGUGCUGUUGUCUCCUGGGCCAACCACAUCAUGUGAUGCAUAUUCCAGCAAUAUCAGGGGGAUUCCUAUGAGAGGUACCCUCCUGCAUCACAGCAAUAUCAUGGGGAUUCCUGUGAGAGGUACCCUCCUGCAUCACAGCAAUAUCAUGGGUAUUCCUGUGAGGGGUACUCUACUGCAUCACAGCAAUAUCAUGGGGAUUCCUGUGAGGGGUACCCUCCUGCAUCACAGCAAUAUCAUGGGGAUUCCUGUGAGGGGUACCCUCCUGCAUCACAGCAAUAUCAUGGUGAUUCCUGUGAGAGGUACCCUCCUGCAUCACAGCAAUAUCAUGGGUAUUUCUGUGAGGGGUACCCUACUGCAUCACAGCAAUAUCAUGGGGAUUCCUGUGAGGGGUACCCUCCUGCAUCACAGCAAUAUCAUGUGGAUUCCUGUGAGAGGUACCCUCCUGCAUCACAGCAAUAUCAUGGGUAUUUCUGUGAGGGGUACCCUACUGCAUCACAGCAAUAUCAUGGGUAUUCCUGUGAGGGGUACCCUCCUGCAUCACAGCAAUAUCAUGGGGAUUCCUGUGAGGGGUACCCUACUGCAUCACAGCAAUAUCAUGGGUAUUCCUGUGAGGGGUACCCUCCUGCAUCACAGCAAUAUCAUGGGGAUUCCUGUGAGGGGUACCCUACUGCAUCACAGCAAUAUCAUGGGGAUUCCUGUGAGGGGUACCCUACUGCAUCACAGUCUCACACCGUAUGCACACUGUCCUGUAUGGGAAAAUAUCCACUUGCAGGUUGCCUUGGGGUCACUAGCCUGAUGGCAUCAGCUCAUCUUCCCCCUCCCGCCCCACGCCAGACCUGGGACAUCCCGUAUUGUGUAAUGAUGCAGUGCAGAUAUAUCCACUGCUUUUAUACGUUAUGUCAUGUGUAUACUGGAGGUGACACUGACUGUUUUCAUUGGGGGAGCCGUACGGUCAUCCUUGGUGCGCAUGGGCGCAGUAGCCCAAUGACACUGUGCCUGAAAGUGACACUGUGGCAGUAUAACUCCACUGCUUAGUUCUUCACUAAUAUAAUUAGCCGCUCAUCAUUAUUAAGGUGCUCCGCCAUAGCUGUCUUCCCAUCAUACUCAUUAAGUGCAUCUCACGUAUAUAUUCCGGGAGCAAUAAUGUGUGGCUGACGGCUGUGACUGAUGGGAGAUGGGUGGGUGUCAUGCAACACCUCACUUGUCUGUAACACAGUAUGCAGUAUCCCGUCCAGUGUGUCAGGGGUUAAUCUAGGUAUGCAUGCAAGUGUCAUAAUACCUAGUACCUCUCACAUGCAUUAGGAGUUUGGAGAACAGUUAGCUUGCACACGCUGGGGACAUAUCUAAAAGGGUUAUAUAUCCAAAAUACUUGAAAAAUUCUACCCAAGGUUUACAAGGUAUGAACUGUGAGCUACAUACAGUGCAGGAGGGCCAUCGUUACAGCCCCAGCGUUUGUCAGUAAUGGCAAGACUACAUAUAAGUGACAAGUAGGUCACGCCAAAGGGCACCUAGGGACUACAGUACAUCAGUGAUUAUGUAAGAAAGGAAAGGAUUCUUUAAAGAAAGGUGUAUUGACAUUAAUGAUCACAUAUGUAGGGGAAGGAUUAUGUCAGUAAAGGAGUAUCUACAUAAUGAUUACUCACUGUGUAGCAAAUAAUGAUUGCAAUGUAAUGGAAGGAUUCUUUAAGGAAAGGUGUAUCUACAUAAUGAUUGUAAAGUAAGGGAAGGAUUCUCUAAGGAAAGUUCUAUCUAUAUAAUGACUUUACUUUAAUGAAUACAUAUGUAAGGGAAGGAUUUUCUAAGGGAAGAUGCAUGUUAAUAAUAUAUAUAUAUAAUGUAUUGGAAGAAUUCUCUAAGGAAAGGUGCAUCUACAUAAUGAUUUUACAUAUGUAUGAUAAGAAUUCUCCAGAGAAAGGUGCAAUUACAGUACUUAAUGAUUACAUACACUGUAUAUGGGAAGGAUUCUCUAAUGAAAGGUGCAUCUACAUAAUGAUUGCAUAUGUAUGGGAAGGAUUCUCUAAAGAAAGGUCUUCAACAGUUGCAUAUGUACAAUGGUUCUCUAAUGAAAGGUGUACCUACAUUAAUGAUUACAUAGAUAGGGUAAGGGAUCUCUAAGGAAAGAUGCAUCAUUAUUUAUGAUUACACAUGUACACAGUUAAAUCAGCAAUUGUAGGAAAAUUUGUCAUGAAUUUAUUGCAGUGCGAGUAAUACUUUGUAUCUUGGUCGAUGAUUGCAGUGUUGGGGACAGCUAGUCAGUGUAGUCCAGUCUUUAGCAGAAGUGGUAUUUUGGGUAGAAAAUGAAGGCAAAAAUAUACAGCAGAUGGCAGUGGUGGUUGUAAUGCUGCUUGAACUUGUAGUUCCACUGCAGCUGUCGAGCCACGUAUUGCCUGAGUCUGCUAGUGUAUAAUAUUGACACUGCCGUGUGCUGUCACUGUGAUAAAUCUGGUGUGACUCGCUUCGCCCUGGACGUUAGUGUGUGUUUCCAGUUGUGGUGUUUUGUACACGUUGUAAUCUGCUGUUUCAUUCUGGAUUUCUUUACUGCUGUACAGUUCUACGUUGUAUUAUUUAUUGAUCUGCAGUCCGUUGUGUCAUGGAAGAGACAGACAGUAUCGCACAGACUGCGUUCCUUUACACUCUGCUGCGAAAACUGCGGCACGCUUCUCCCUGCCAGCGUAAUGGUGCUAACAGUUAAUUGCACUAAUCUCCACAACACGGCCCCCUUCUGUUGACCUCUGACCUGUACCCCCGAGUGUUGCCAGCUCAUCAGCCACAGUGCCAGUGCAUUUGCGCCACGCAGCUUGCCAACAGAGAGAAAUAGUGGAUUCUGGUACAAAUUUUCAUUAAAAUGUUACAACUGGAAA